ACGAUCGGCCCGUACUGUACCGAUUUCACCAUUUCCCCGUUCCGCCGUCGUACGCGUCGGACCGCUCUGUGGCGUUCGCUUUAUUGCGUUGACCAUUGCCCGUACAGCCGUCGGCGUCCGAGCGUUAUCAGCCGUCAACUUGUGCGUGUACACUCGAAAGUUUCGAUUCCGCGGCUGCACAACGGCGUAACGCGCUAAUAUCGUCGUCGACUGGCGUUUCUCCCGCCGUCUAGUGCGUCGCGGUCGUGCGGUCUCGCGUGUUUUUUGCCCUCCGACGUAGGACUUCCCCGGGACGUACCGGUCCCGUCGUCGCGCGCGCCCAACUCCGUCCGUCACUGCUCACGGCGAGUCGGUGACCAGUCGAUCAGAGCAACAGCACUCGGCGCCGUCGAGUCGGCGAAUCCCGGGUCACACGCCUCACCUCGGGUAGCUCACUCGCACCCGCCCCCCUCCUGCCCGCGAUCGCGUGGUUCGUCUCUUCACGUUCGCACUGUAAUGAUGGCGACUAACGACCGGUGCACCGUUGGCGGUCUGUCAUUCCCCGGAUCCACCGAAAUUCAGGAUGGUUUCUGUAUGAGCUAAUAUGGAUGAAUUUUGCACAGAAAAUAAUAGUUUAAUGAGAAAAUUUAACAAACAAGUUGAUAAACCAUCAAAUAAAAGAAAUUUAUCUUCUGGUUUAGAAUUGGUAGAUGAAAACCACUCUAAUAUUGAUUUAAAAUCAAGUCUACCUAGUAGAAAACAAAGACUUAAAGAAUAUUUAACUACAACUCAUAUACCUGAUAAAAAUAUUAACUCUACUAAUAAAAUACACAAUUUUUCUACUGUUAGUUUGAUAAAUUUUGUACCAAAAAUUGAUGAUUACAACAAACCAGUUAAAGUUAAAUCCCAAUGGACUCGUACAAGUCAAAUGGAGUUGGCAUUAGAAAAUUCUGAAUCCCUUCAAACUAACAAUAUUCAAUCUGUAAAUAAUUUAUCUAAAUAUGAGAAAGUAAAUGAGGUAUUUACAAUGGCUGUUUCACCCACAAAUGGUGUUAUUAAUCAAAUUAAUGAAUGUACAAAUACAAAUAACACUAGAAAAACCAAUAAAAUAAUUGAUUCUAAUUUAGACUUUGAAAACCAUUGUCGUGUUGUUGUACACAAAUUGGAUGAUAAUUCAGUACAAGUGAAAAGGAAAAGAGGUCGACCAAAAAAGACUAGUAUAAAUAUUAAAGAUAAUACACCAAUUAAUACAAAUACCGAUAAUCAAGAACCAGUCAAGACUAAUUCAGUUGUUGAUUUGAAUCCUCAAAAUGCCGAUCAAUCAAAAGUUAUAAAAAGAGGUCGUGGUAGACCAAGAAAAAAAAAAAUUACAUCAAGCACUAAACAAUUGCCACCAAGUACAUCAAAUAAUAUUGUCUCAAAAAUAAAAAGAAAAGCACAAAGUCCUGUUAUUGAAAAUAAGCGAAUUAAAUUGAUAAGUGAUCAAUUUGAACCAGAAGUAAAUGAAAAUUGUUCAAGUUCAGAUGAAUCAGAAGUGAAUGAAAAUGGUUCUAUGAUAAAUAACACACCAAUCCUAAUAUUUCCAGACGAUGGUGUAAAUUUGAAGUGUAUUAGUUUAUCACGAUGCGAUAUACCAAAAAACACAUCAUUAGUUACUUUAGGAAGUUGUGAUAGACCAUAUUUACAAGAAAAAACUGAAAGUACAUUUUUAAAAAAUCUUAAUGGGUUAAAUACACAACAAAGUACCACACAUGUUAAUGUUUUAGAAGAUUGUAAUAAUUUAAAUGCACAAGAAAACAUUACAUGUGCUAAUUUUUUAGAAAGAUGUAAUAAUUUAAAUGUACAAGAAAAUACUACACAUAUUAAUAGUUUAGAAGAAAGUGAUAACUUAAAUGCACAAGAAAAUACUGCAUGUGCUAAUUUUUUAGAAAAAUGUAAUCAUUUAAAUGUACAAGAAAAUACUACACAUAUUAAUUUUUUAGAAGAAAGUGAUGCAAGAAUAAAUAUCAAUGAGUCUUCAUUUAAAAAUGAACAAGAUGUGUUCUCUGAACUUGAAUUUGUAGAUUGGAAUCCGUUACCUAAACGGAGGAUUAGAUCAAACAGUGUAAAUGACACAAUUAAGAUAAAAAAUCGAAAAAAUUCUCUUUCUGAUAAUUUUGUGUAUAAAUCUUCAAAUAAUUUGAGUAUUAUUGAUGAUAAUAUGUUAGUGAAACCUUGGAAAAGUCUUUCUUAUAUAGAAAGUGGACCAAAUAUACUGGAUGAAAGAAUUGUACAAGAUGAAUUGGCUAAAAAAUUAAGAUCAAAAUUGAAACGUAGCAGAAGCUUUCCACAUUGCUUGGGUUUAGAUAAAAUGAUCUGGAGAUUUAUAGUUAAUGCACAUGAAUCAUAUUCAGAAGAAAAUUAUGAAAUGGUAUCUAACUUAGAUUCAAAUAUGGUUAUGGAUAUGGAUGUGAAUGUAGAUGCGGAUGCAGAUUUAGUACCAGGCAUGAGGUUUAUAAAAGAAAUUUUACCAGGUAGAUGUGACCACCAUUACCGUUCCAAUAGUGUGCCUGUAGAACAAUAUAAACAACCAAAAGAAAAAACUAGCUAUAUUUCUAGAAGUUUAGAUAAUUUAAAUAUGUUGUGUUCUACUCAUGAUCCUCCAUCCUUUCAAAUACCUUCAAAUAUAAGUAAUUUGAAAAAUUGUGAAAGUGAUCCAGAGGAAUCUGAAGGAAAAAUAAGAAGAUCUAAGCGAUUAAAUACCAAAAUUAAGAAUAGUGAUAUAUUGGAGGAAGAAUUUUUUUUAUCAUCUGAAAAUUCAAAAAUUGACUCUUUAUUGUUGGCUGAUGAAAUUCGAAAAGAAAAUGAAAGAAAUUUAGCUGAAGCUAGAGCAAACGAUCCGGAAUUAGAUAAAAAAUUAAAAAAAUUGAACUUCACUUUAAUAACUAACAAUUUGUUCAGGCCUAGCAGGAAAAAAAUGAGUGAGUAUACACCGGCAGAACAACAAGAAUUGCGAAGAUUAAAACCAAGGAGAACUAUCAAUUCUGAUACUUACAAAUGCCAUUGUAAGUAUACUAAAAAAGACUGGAUUGAAAAAAAACCUGGAUGUGCUGUAGAAUGUUUAAAUCGGUUAUUAAAUAUUGAAUGUGGUGUAACUUGUGUACUAAAGGCAUUUUGUACAAACAAGCAAUUUCAAAAUAAACAAUUCAAACGCACCAAAAUUGUCAAAACUGCAAAUAAAGGUUAUGGUGUUUUUGCAAUGGAAGAUAUACCUAGUGGAACAUUUGUUGAUGAAUAUAUCGGAGAAGUUAUUGAUCAAGAUGAAAUGAUAAAGAGAAUGAAACUAAAAGUAUAUAUGUUCAAUAAUUAUAUGGUGCAAUUGAAACAUGAUGAAAUAAUUGAUGCUACACGAAAAGGAAAUAUUACAAGAUUCAUAAACCACAGCUGUGAUCCUAACUGUGUUGCAGAAAAAUGGAAUGUGCUUGGUGAAUCUCGGAUGGGUUUUUUUAGCAAACAAUUUAUACGAAAAGGAGAAGAAAUCACUUUUGACUACAGUUUUGAAAUAUUUGGAGAUGCUGCUCAGCAAAAGUGUUAUUGUGGCUCACCAAAAUGUCGAGGAGUUAUAAGCAAAACAUCUAGAAUAGGAGAUCAAGGCAGUUCUAAUGAAAACAGUUCUGAUGAGAGCAGUUCUGAUGAAGUUGCUGAACCUGUAGAUGAAACAUCAGAGGUGAAAUUAGAUCCAUGUUUGGAAAAAAAAAGAAAAACAAUUAAAAAAAUCACUAAUAAAGAUAAACAACGUUUACGACAGCUUGAUAAACAGUUGACAGAUAUCAGUAAAUUGAAAAAUAAAAAUCGUUCUGAUUUAGAGAGCUCAACAUUAAAUUUAAAUAAAUUAAUGGUUCACAUCACAGAUUCGAUGAGUAGAUCACACAUUUUGAAAUUUAUUCGAGAUAAUGAUUUAAACUGUAAGAGGUUAUUUAUGAAUUUUAAUGGCUUGAAUAUAAUACAUAGCUGGAUGACUUCAAAUGACAAUGAAGACUUAAAAUUAGAAAUUGUUCAAACACUUGCAGACCUUCCAAUUUCUAAUAGAAAUACAAUAACUAAAUCAAAAGUUUUGGAUAUUAUUGCUCAAUGGGCUAAUAUUCCAUUAAACAUUAAAGAAGUUAUUGAAAAUUUAGAGUAUCCAAUAUCACAAAUUAAGGAACACGAAGAAGAAGUUGAUAAAUUAUUACCAGAUGCGAUUAAUACAUCAUUAUUAGUUCAAGCAGCCAGAGUUUUAUGGAAAAAAUGGAUAGUUUUGAAAAUUGUUUUUAAAAUACCAAAAUUAGAUCGUCCCAAAGAAGUGAACAUUGCUGAUGAUGUUAGUCAAACAUCAAUACAUUUACCACAGCCUAAACCAAAUUCUGUUCCAUAUCAUUUUGGAAAUUCUACCAUUAGACCUAGUCAACCUUAUAAAAUAAGUUAUAUGCAAAGUCAGGGUACUGGAUAUGGUCAGACUAGUUCUACGGAUCCAAUAAAACAAAUAAUUUAUCAUCACAAUCCGAUGAACAAUCAAGACAGGAAUGAUACUGUUUUUGAAUGGAAUAAAAAACAUUGGAAUUUGCCUGUAAAAACAAAUAAGGUUUUUAAUUCUGCCACGGUAAAUUAUCAAAGUAAUUUAGUUUUAAAUCUAAAGCAAAGUUCAACAUCUACAUUUAAACCAAGAAGUAUGCGCAGUGAUAUCCCAAGAAUUGAAAACAGUACAUCUACUAAAAAUAUGAAGUGGAGUGAUAUCCCUGAAAUCAAUUCAACCACUCGUGAUGUUUCUACUAAUUCUUCUGAAAAAAAUAAUUGUAAGAAUACACAAGGUAAUAAAUUAUUUGAAACUAAACCAACUGUAUAUUACCCUAUUGAAGAAAUUAUAACCACAAACCAAACAUGGAAUUUACCACCUCCAACAAUUGUUGAACUUAGUAAUGGAUCUACUUUGCAUUCUAUGCUAAAAACAGUUCCUCCGUGUUUACCAAAUGACUUAAUUUCAAAUACAUCCGAUGAAACUAGCCAAUGUAUGUUUUCUAAUGAUAUUACUUGGUAUAUAAUGCGUCCAGAAAAUGUGAUGUAUGAUGCUCAACAUCCUAGUAUUCAAGAACAAUUGGCUUUCCUACCAAUUGAUGAAACUGUCAAAAAAUCAACUAAAUCUCAAUUAAAUAAACCAAAUAUUAAUCAUAAAAAAACAGAUUUCAUUGAAAACUAUAAAGCAAUACAGCCACUAGAUGAUGAUGUGCGUAAAAAAUUAUUUAAACAAUGUGAAGAAAAUGUGCAUCAACUAGUUAAUAAAGGAAUAUUGAACAGGAGUAAAUCUGCUAAACUAAAUUUCCUUGAUCAGUCUCCAAUUAAAGUACUUCAAUCAUUUUUCAAUAAAAAAAUUGUGAAAUCAACAUACACGACAUCUGAAAACAAUCAAAAUCAAUAUGUUUUGCCCAACUUGAUCAAACGUAUAAAAGUAAUCAGUAACUGUUAUCGAAAACAACCAUCCAAAAUAAUUGAAAUAAAUAAUAGAGUAAAAUCAAAUUCUCAGAAAAGUAAAAAUGAUAUAUUUAGGAUUAAAGAAGACCAAAAAACUGAAAAAACCGAUACAACAUCAAUGGCUUUAAUUUUACACAAUGAACAACUAAGUACUGUUCCUGAAACAAUUAACUUAAAUAAGGUGUUAAAUAAGCAUUCUUUUAAAGCUAAUACAAAAAAUAGAUUUGCAUUUAAAAUUUUAAAUGGUUUAAUAAAACAUAAUUUAACCAUGCCCAAACAUUUUAUUCUCAAAGUCCCAUCAGAUACCAAGAUGAUCACUCACGACCCUUCAAAUGAAUUAGAUAUUCACUACAAAUUAAUUCCAUCAGUGCAAAAUAUUUUAUGUGCUAAAUUAAACAAGGGAAUUGGUAAAGAUACCAUAAAUGUGUACAAACAAAAAAUAGUUAUGAAAUAUGAUGAAACAAAGGCCCUAAAACCUGUUAGUUUACAAUCAAUAUUAAAUGAAAAUAUUUUAUCAUCUAAUACUAUAAAAAAUCAAGUUAAAAAACAAUUAAAAAGAAAAAUGCCUUUACCACCUCUAAAUAAUGCAAAGAAUAGAAAAAUUGUUGAUUUAUCAAUGAAAAAUAAACCCAGAAAUCAAGCUACAAUAUUAAAUAAAAUUGAUGAUAAUACGGUUUUCAAAAAACCUAUGCUCCCUGUUACUAAUAAAUGUAACUCUCCUUGUAUUAAUACUAUAGUUACCAGUCAAGAAAAAGAACUUAAAACAUCAAGUACUACACAUUCAAAUACAAAUGAAUUUAAACAGAAACCUAGUUCAUCAAGUUAUACAAUAUCAAAUAUUGAUCUAUUAAAAAUAAGUCUAAAUGAAUUACGUGAAGAACCUAAUACAUCUAAUCCAUUAACCGUAAAUAUUAUACCAUCAAAAAUAAAUUUAAAUGAAAUUAGACAAAAACCUUUGAUGAAGUGUUCACCAUUCAAUAAAGUAGAUAACGUUUUAAUUACGGAAUUGGAGCAAAAUGCUAAAUUUUUAGCCUCGAGUAUAAGUAUGGAUUCUACUGAUAUUUUACCUUCAGUAGAAGCUAAUAGUGAACUAAUUGAACCAAUCGUGGAGAAUUUCAAAAAUUCUAUAAAUCAAAAUAAAUCUAUGGUGCGAGGAAAUAUUGUUGAUGAUCCUAUAGUGAGGGAUUACAUACAACGUACUCAAUUAAAAACUGUUGAAACAAAACGUAAAUGUAAGCUGCCAGAAAGUAUGAUGUCUUUACCUGAUGAAGUUCUUGACCUUGUACCAGAUAAUCAAAGAGAAAUCAAGUAUGUUAUUGAUUUUUAUCAUGCUAUGGCUACAGUUAUUGUCAAAGUAUUAGACUUGUAUGUGAAAAAGAGUUGCAAACAAGGUCGUAUAAAAAAUGAUGAUGAUUUCAAAUAUUUAGCUAAAAAGCUCAAUUCCAAUAUUUUAUUCAAAGAACUUCAAGUUAAGAAGGUAGAAGAUUUAAGAAUUAGUGAUAGUGUCAAACAGAAAGUCGAAUUGUACAUUAAAAAAUAUAUGUUAAAGUAUGGUAAAGUGUACAGAAGAAAAAGUACUGAUCAAUGAUCCUGUCAGACAUUUCAACCAGUUAUAAGAUUGUUAUGGAUACAAUUACUAUUUAUUAAAAUAGUAAUAUUCUAUUUUUUUUUUACAAAACACUUUUUAAACUUUCCAAGUCAAUUUUGCACUGCCAUUUAUGAAUAAUCAAGAGAGAUAAAUUAUGUUGGCAAAACUUCAGACUGUGCAGAGACAAGAAUGUUAAUUAUAUGUUUAAAACUAAUACUAAUCAUUUUUAUAAUGUUAACAAAAUUACAUUAUUUACAUUUUUUAUUUCCAAAACUCAAGUAGGCUAUUUUUAAUUUGUUGAGUAUUAUUGUUUUUGUAAAUAAAUUUACAUUGAGUACCUUUUAUUAAAUUUAUAACAAGCAGGAAAAGUUUCUAUUUCGUAAAAUUUAUAUAAUACGAUUCAAGUCUUAAGAAACUACCUAUUGAUCUCUAACUACAUGUAUAUUUUCAUAUUAAUAUUUGUUUGUUUGUGUUCUAUGAGUGUAUUUGUACAAAUAUCUAAUUAACUGUAUAUUCUUUAAACAAUUGUUUCUUAUGACAUAUUCAUGUGUAUACAUGAAAAUAAUCUAUUUUGUAAUUUUGGCUUAAUGACUCAAUAAUCAAUACAUUUUGUACUCCAAAGGUUUUGAUACAAUUUUUAAAACACUGUUAUAUAGGUUCUUAUUGUGUGUACAUUUUAACUCUAAAUUAUCACAUUUUGUACUGGUUUUUUAUUUAUUUAUUUAUUUAUUUAAUUAAUUGUUUUUUUGUCAAAAGAAUAAUAUAUAUAUAUAUAUGUAUGUAUCUUAUAUUCCGGCUAAUAUUUAUUUUGUUAUUUAUUAUUAUUAUUAUUAUUUUUAAACUGUAAUUUACAUACUCUAAUCAUUCAAUGUUUACUUUAUUAUAUUGACUUAGCCAAGUUUAAUAAACUAGAUAAUAAAGUAAUUAGAACUGGUAGUUCUUAGAAAUAAACAAAUUUGUUAACACUUGCAGAAAAUUUUUUUACAAAUAAAUGAGUAUUGGAGCAAUUUUUUGUCACUAGUAUAAUAUUUAUUCGUUGAUUUUGUUAUGUUUUUUUUUUUAUUUUUAUUUUUAUUUUUAUUUUUUUGAUGAUAUUAUAAAUAUAUUUUAUUAAUUUAUUGGAAGAAUGACUGAAAAAUGAAGAAAAAUGUAUAUAAACUUUGUAUCAAACUUUAACUCUAAACAAUAAAAUCAAUUAAAGAAUUGAAAUGAAAAUAAAUAUAACUAAACACUAAAAAGAGAAUUGUUUCAGUUCACUUCAUCAUAUAUUUCUUAAAUAAAAUGUUUAUAUUAUCAAAUACUUUAUUACUUAAUAAUUUGUUUUCGUAAAAAUGUAAUUAAUUAGAAAAAAAUAAUUUAUUUAAAUAUACAUUUUGAUUUCAUUAUUUAUUAAUUUAAUGUGAAUUUAUUGUAUACAUAAUAUUGUUUGCAAUGUCAUUGAAAAUAAAAAUUUGUUGGCUCCAGUAAUGUAUGCUAGAUAAAUUGUUAUAAAUAUAUAAUAACAUGUGAUUUGAAGUUGAAUAUUAACUACGUUUCAGUAGUUAUUAAUGUUCAUUUUAAAAUAGUUUAAUCAAGUUUUAAUUUCCAAAAGUAUUAAUUACAACUGCCUCCAAUUUAAAGGCAAUCAUUAAUAGUUUUUUAAUACAAUUAUUUAUUUGAAAUAAUGUUAAGAUAACCGAGACUAUAAAUUCCUAAAACUAAAAUUAAUAUUAAACUUUUUUGUACCAUUAUAAUAAAAGUUAAUGGAUCAAUGGGGUAUAUUUUUAUGAUAAAAUAUGAAUAUAUUUUAAAUAAUAAUUAAGUUACACAUUAUUAACUAUGAAAACUAUGAAUAAUUUUAUAAAUUUCUAAAAAAAUUUAAAUUUUAUACUAAUAGUAAAAAUGAUGUAUAACUUAUUAUGAAUUAUAAAUUAUGAUUUUAAAUUGAAAAUAAAAUUAUUAUUAAUAAAUAGCAUUUCAGUUAAUUUUUAGUAAGUACGUAUGUUGGAUACUGUAUGACUGUAUGACUGUAUGACUAUAUAUAACCCAUUUUGUUAAUCAUUUUAAGUAUUGUUUAAUAAAUUAAAUAUUAGGUACUCAAUAUUUAAAGUUUUGUUAUUUUUUUUAUUAUUCAAUUUUUUUGUUUGUUUAUUUAAUAUUAUUAAAUAAUAAAUUAUUUUUUACCCUAUUAUAUAUUAUUGUGUCCUAUUAUAUUGUAAUUUUUUUUUUUUUAAUCUGUUUUUAAAAAUGUUUACACUUUUAUUAAUUUAAUAAAAUACAUUCUUGUACCUAACAAAAUUAAAACUUUUUAUUUUUAUGA